UAUUAAAUGUAUACAAACUUUCUUGUCCUGUAUGUCAUGGAAUUGUCGAAGCUCCUGUUCUAUUAUCAUGUGGUCACAAUGUCUGUAAAGAGUGUCUUCAACAGUUGUGGAGAACCAAGGAAACUCAGGAGUGUCCUGUCUGCGGGAGAAAAUCCUGUAAUCCUGUGUUAAAAACUUUGUGCAAGUCAUUCCUGAUGGAGAGAAAUGAGAACCAUUCUCUUGGGUCUGGGGAGAUCUGCUGUUUACAUGGUGAGGAACUCAAGCUACUCUGUCUGGAGGACAAUGAGCCUGUGUGUUCAGUGUGCAGAGAUUCACAGAAAUACACCAAUCAAACUUUCAGACCCAUCAGUGAGGCUGUUCCAUUAUAUAAGGAGGAGCUCAAUACAGCAAUGAAGUCCUUACAAGAGCAACUUAAACAGAGAGAAAACUUUAAAAGAGAGUUUGAGAAUAUAGUUCAACAUAUUAAGUCUCAAACUGAGCACACAGAGAAUCAGAUUAAACAACAGUUUAAGAAGCUUCAUCAGUUUCUCAGAGAUGAAGAAGCAGCUACAAUUGCUGAACUGAGGGAGGAAGAGGAGCAGAAGAAGCAGAAGAUGAAAGAGAAGCUUGAGGAGAUCAACAGACACAUAUCAGCUCUUUCACACACAAUUAAAGACCUGGAGGAGACCAUGAAGGCCAAUGAUGUUUGCUUUCUCAAGAAGUUUCCAGUCACAAUGGAAAGAGUCCAGAUUUCACAACCAGAGCCGCAGAUGCCUUCUGGAGCUUUGAUUCAUGUGCCACAUUACUUGGGGAAUCUGCAGUUCAGAGUCUGGAAAAAGAUGCUGGACUUUAUCCAAAAGACUCCUGUGAUUCUGGAUCCAAACACAGCUCAUCCAUGUCUCAUCCUGUCUGAUGAUCUGACCAGUGUGAGAUACAUCUGGGACAAACAACUGCUUCCUGAUAAUCCAGAGAGAUUUGACAUCUGUGGGUGUGUUCUGGGUUCAGAGGGUUUUAACUCAGGAACACACUGCUGGGAUGUGGAGGUUAAAGAGAGUGUAUGCUGGAGUCUUGGGGUAACUACAGCAUCAAACCAAAGGAAAGGACGUGAUUUCUUUAGGAAUGAUGUCUGGUGUGUGCAGUAUGAUCCGUACAGACUGCUUGGGCCUGGUUUUCUUGUUAAAUGGGAGCUUGAGUUUGUGAGAGUUGAUCUGGACUAUGAUGGAGGAAUGGUGUCAUUCUUGGAUCCUGUAACUAACACACAUCUACGCACAUUCACUGCCACCUUCACUGACACAGUCUUUCCAUUUUUCUGUAAUCUUGAUGAACUUAACUAUCUAAGGAUUUUACCAGUCUAACAAUAAAAACAAAAUCACUGAAGCAUCAUGUGGGGCUAUUGAUAAAGUCACUCCGAGUUAAAAUUGUAGUAUUAAUGCUAUAAAAAUUCUAAGAAUUAUGUAAUUUUUCUCUUUUUCCCAAGUGUUUUAGGCUUGCAUAGUGGAAUUUGAAUAAAAGGGAUUUAGAGUUGAACAAACAAGUGAAAAAUUAUAUAUUAUGUUAUUUCAUUUAAUGAAUUUAUUUA